AUGCGAACCAUUCCGGUUGCUCUCAACCCUGGUGAAUCCCAGAAUGCUUAUGAAGCACAGUUUCAAAACUGGGUGGAGUUACCGUCCUAUAACGCUCUUAGAGCUAGUUUCUCUGAAACCGAUAUUCGUUUGGAGAGACGCUUGCGCUUGGACUUCGCAAAGUCAAAAGCUAGACGUCAGCUCCCGGGACCUCGUCCCCAGCGUCAUGAGGUGUCUACACAUCCUGCUCCCGCUGCGAGCACCGUUGCUCGUUCUCUCGAGCCGGCUGCUCCAGCCACUGGUCAGAGCCUGAGCUCAGCUGCCGACCUGUCUUCUUCCCACUCUAGUGGGAAGAGCUCAGCGCCUGGCGACGCUGUCGCACGCCAUGGUGGCGUUCCAGCACCGGAUGUGCCCGAUCAUAAGCGUCCACGACGUCAGGGCAAUCUUGCCGGAGGGGAACCUCAACCUCCCAAGAGUUAUGUGAGUGAGAAUAACCCCUCCACUUCACAAGAUAUUGGGUAUGACCCUGGCGACAUCGUCGCGCCACAAGCCGUUCCACAUGGUAGUGGAGCUCCCUUUGCUCAUCGAGCAGAGCAUGAGGAGGGCGACCUGCCGCUGGAUUCUCGCGCUGCGAGCUUCGUGGACGAAUGA